GGCUCUUACGAGAAACAGCAGAGGGUGUUGACGGGACUCCGGGGCCUGUGACAGCCCGGUGGCUCUUCCCCGUGGGCCCCCAGACGGCCAGAGUCCCUUCCUCCAAAGCCUAGUCACCUAAGGUCUGAGCCCCCAAAAGAGGGGAAGGUUGGUUUCAGAUACCCCCCCCCCAGCCCCGCCUCUUCCCCCACCCGCUCAGCUUCCUCUCUCUGUGAGGAACACUUUCACUUCCUGCUACUCCAGGCCUCCCCUCGAAGAACAGGACACACGGGCCUUCCUUCUGGGAUCCCCACAUCUCCCCACCAGCCAGCUGCUGAAGAACUGACACCUGGCACAGCGAGGGGCCUUGGGCCCAUUCUGAUCGGUCAGGGUCUCUGCUAUAUCGUGAAUAUUACCCCUGGAUUGGAGCAGCCUUGAACUUUACCUUCCUCCCUGCCAGAGGCCAGACCAUGGCUUGCUGGCCUCCCGCAUCCUGAGGAUGGCCCAGCCGGAGGACAAGGCCUCUGCAGGCCUCAUCGAUGGGGAGAGGAUGGUUCCACCACAGGUGAAUGGAGCAGGUGAGGCCCCCUUAGGGGUCCUUGGGACCCCAGAGCCACUCCUUCGCCUGCAGAGGACACGGGGUGUGUGGCAGAUCCCAGAGCUGGCUACUCAGGAUGCGGGAGCCCUUCUUGAGCUGUGGCCACCGGGGAGUUUCCUGGUCACAGGACACAACUCCAGCCAGGUCCUGGUGUUGAGGACAGGAGCUUCACCAGGAGAAGUCUGCACCUACCAGAUCCAGAAGCUUCCUGGAGGUGUUUCUCUGGAAUACUCUAACCUCUGUAUGCCGGACCUGCCCCAUCUCCUGGCUUUCCUAUCAGCCAGCAGGGAUGUUUUGCCCAGAACACUGCUCUUGCCCCCUCCCACUCUAAGGCCAGGAGACCAACAAACAGGUCUUCCACAGACCAGCAGCGUCCAACUCAACAUCUCGGAGAAGGUGCUCUCGGUGGUGAACAAGCUGUACCUGGAGACCCACGGAGGGUGGGGUUUGGAGCAGAUCACCGCAGAGACACCUUCAGGGACUGCAGAAAGACACAGUUCAGCCCCCAGGAACCCUGCCCCUCACCGGGUCUCCUGGGUCGAAGGCCCGCUCAGCCCAGAAGGAUACCAUCCUGGGCCAACCCUAGCCAGCCUGGUGGAGGAGAAAGAGAAGGAGGACGAGGAUGAGGACGAGGACAGCUACAAAGAUGAAGAGAAAGGACCUGACGAUGUUCUCACCCAUCACAUCCAGGCUCUGGCCAGGGCCCGGGGCAACUACGUGGGCAGGCAGUUCCAGGGCCUUCGAGCCCGCCUCACCUCAAAUGCUGGAGGCCCCCACAGGCCCGGGGACCCAGCCACAGAGCUGCUUCAGGAUGUGCGGCACCUCCUUACCGACCUCCAGGAUCACUUGUCAAAGGACCCCGACGUCAGGGCUGUCUUUGGGAGCCGGGGGCCUGGGGUCCCCCAGAAGGAGGAGGAUCUUGGCGCCGCGUUGGAGGCCGCCCUGUGCCGGGCGGUGCUGGAGCCCCUGAAGCCCGCCCUGUGGACGCGACUCCGGACGCUGCGAGCCCGGGAGCUGCGGCGACUGCGGCAGCGACAAACAGCCCUGCGGGCGGGGGCGGGGCCUGAGGGACAGGGCCCCGCCCCCGCCCUGCGGAGCCGCAUCCACGCGCGCCUGGAGCACCUCCACGCCGCCUGCGCCCCACGCCGCAAGGUGGCGCUGCUGCUGGAGGUGUGCAGUGACGUUUACGCGGGCCUGGCUCAGGGCAAGGACCAAGAGCCCCUGGGGGCCGACGCCUUCCUGCCCGCGCUGACGGAAGAACUGAUCUGGAGUCCGCACAUUGGGGAGACGCAGCUGGACGUGGAGUUUCUUAUGGAGCUCUUGGAUCCGGACGAGCUGCGGGGAGAAGCCGGGUACUACCUGACCACGUGGUUUGGGGCGCUGCACCACAUUGCUCACUACCAGCCCGAUGUGGGCCGCGCUCCCCAGGGGCUCAGCUCUGAGGCCCGCGCCUCCCUGCGCCAGUGGCACAGCCGGCGAACACUGCACAGACAGGACAGACAGGACCGCGGAGCCCAGGUCCAACUGCCCUUUGAGGAGCCAUGGGCAAGAGACACUGUGCCCAGAGACGGACUAUGAUAAGGGGUCCCACAUCCUCCUGUUCCUCAGGCAAGAUUCCGGAGGCGCCAGGACAGCACCGACUUCUGACCCCUGUUGGUUUAGGUGCCAGGAGGCGGCGAGGUUCCCCGGAACAGACCCACCUCUGGGCCUUUGCAUUGGCUACUCCA